AUGGCGGGGCGUUCACACCACUCCCUCCGGGAUCGGAAGUGUGGAAAAUUACUAUGUAAAUAUGGAAGUGAUAGUUUAAUUGUAGUUCACAAUGCCACUAUUAUUUAUGCAAACAUAGAUGGAAAUAUCUGCGUUGCUCUGGAAUAUGCCCAUGAUGAUAAAAAGAGCAAAAUGAUGUGGGUAAACGAUGGAACUAUUUGUGGCACAAAUAUGGUUUGCAGAAAUAAGGCAUGUGUGAGUUCUGCAUACUUGGAUUAUGACUGUACUGAAGAUAAAUGCAAUAAUCAUGGUGUAUGUAACAACAAAAAGAACUGUCACUGUGACACUGGGUAUUUACCUCCAAAUUGUGAAACUAUGAAUGAGGGAUGGCCUGGUGGGAGUGUUGACAGUGGCAAUUUUCCAACAGGAAGAGUCAACAUUCCUGAAAGGCACUACAUUGAGAAUGCUUACCAUUCCAGACCUACAAAAUGGCCAUUUUUCUUACUCAUUCCUUUUUUCAUUAUUCUCUGUGUACUGAUCGCUAUACUGGUAAAAGUUCAUUUUCAAAGAAAAAAAUGGAGGACUGAGGACUAUAUAAGCAAUGAAUUAUCUCUGGAAAAUAAGAAGAAAACAAACAUGGAUUCCUUGAUUUCCUAGGAUUCAAACUUGCCUAUUGUGGUUUAACCUGCCCAGAAAAGAUACAUGUAUACAUAUACAUAUUUUAAUACACACACAUAUGUGUGUAUACACACACACACACACACACACGUAUAUAUAUAAUUCCACAGAUAAUUUGUAAGAAGUGCAUGAUUAUGAGUUUUAUGUUACAUAUUUCUUGUUUUUUAAAGUUAGCCCACACUAUUUCCGUUAGUCAGAGAGCAUAAGAUUACAG